CAAAGGCUCCUCUCUCUCUCUCUCCCCUCUCUCAUCAUCCUGUUCGAAAAUAUUUGGGUUGAAAUGGGCCAACAAUUUGGUGAUACCUCGCUCACCAAGGUUUUUGUUGGGGGUUUGGCCUGGGAAACUCAGGGGGGUGCCCUCAGGGAGCAUUUUGAGAAGUAUGGAGACAUUCUUGAGGCCGUGAUCAUCUCCGACAAGGUCACCGGUCGAUCCAAAGGCUACGGAUUUGUGACGUUUAAAGAAGCAGAAGAAGCAAGGAGAGCUUGUGAGGACCCGACUCCAAUGAUCAACGGUCGCCGUGCAAACUGUAAUUUGGCCUCUCUCGGAGCUCGCCGGACAAAAACAUCGCCGCCGGCAACUCCGGUGGUGGUCCCGGCCCACCAGCCAGCAGGCCGGAGGACGGUGUCGAAUGCACCGCCGCCACAAUGGUACUAUGCUCCGGCUGCCGGAACGCCGCAGCCACCGCCGUCCGCUGUUCAUCAUUAUCCUGCUGUGCUCCCUUACUAUGCUGCUGGUGCUGCUUAUGGGUACCCUCCUUCCUACAUGACGGAUUUGGGCUACAAUCCUAAGCUGAGUCCCACAGCAACAGCAGGAUCCUACGUUCAGGGUCAAUACUAUCCAGCAGCAGCACAAGGAGGAAUGGUUGCUCCAAGUGCAAUGAUGCCAUAUUACCCUAUGUAUCCCUAUCAUCACCACUCGCAAGCCAUGGCCGGAGUUCACGGCCAUUUCUUCCCUCCGACGACCUCUGGUACCAUCGCCACCAUCACCCGCCAUGCCUUCGACCACAGUCUGUGUGGCAGUGGAACAGGUUACAGGAUGCAGCUAAAGUUUUCAAGGGGGAAAGUGUGAAAUUGGAAAGAUCUUGUAACAGAAGGGAAGAAAAAAAAAAGAACUUGAGUAUCUGAUGAAAGAUUAUUCUUUUUAAAUGUUGGUUUUUCAUUAAGAUCUAUUGGAUUCAUUUAUUUCCCUCUAACCUGCAUCAUCUUGAUGCUGAUUUGUAACAAAGGGUACUUCUAGUUUGCCAAAUUAUUGUGGUAAACUUUUAAUGGCUGUAGCUGAACUGUAUUGAUUGAAUGGAAUUUGAGGGUACCUUCGAAUAA